GUUUUGAAGUCUUGAACAAAUACAGCGUCGCCAUACAGCCUCAAGAUGCCUGCUAGGCCCAAACCCACAAAGAUCUUCUCAGAAAAUGGCAAACAAGGCAAAAAAUCAAGCAAAACAAAAGAAAAUACCCCUGUUUAUGAUCCAAAUGCCCCUGAACCCACCUGCAGAGCAGAGCUCACAAAGUAUUGGAUUUCCCUAACUUUUGAUGACAAGACAGCCAACAAACUGUUGUGGAUUUCGGAUGGUGACUCUAAAGUGUGUCGAAGGACCAAAGAAGUUUGUCCAGUCCUGGAUCGACCUGAGAGAUAUGAGCUCUCACCGCAGGUCCUGUGCAAAGAGGGGAUCUGGAACAUGAGAGUGUACUGGGAAGUAGAGUACUCUGGCUGGGUCUUCAUUGGAGCAACGUAUGAAGGAGCAGCACGGAGGGCCGAUUCUGGGCCUAGUGGACUGGGUGAAAACGAAGAGUCAUGGGGUCUGUGCUGGUCAGGCUCAUGUUAUGAAGUCUGGUUUAAUGGUGUAAGCACAGAAAUCAAAAACGUUCAGUUUUGCCCCAUCAUUGGUGUCUAUAUUGACCAGCCCGCUGGUGUCAUAUGCUUUUAUAUGGUGAGUGGACAGGGGGAUGAAAAGGAGGCCACUCUACUAUACAGAUUUCAGACCCCCAUAGAGAAAAAAAUCCUCCCAGGUUUUUGGAUAGGAGUCCAGUCAGCUUGUACACUUCUUAAAAAACCAUUACAGGCAGACGUUUAAACCAUCAAAUUGAAUCAAUUUUGCCACAUUCAUUUUUAAUUAAUUAAGUUAGUUAAUCU